GCUCGCCUGACUCCAGUCCUUUUCUUCUCUUUUUCACGGUCCUCGUCAUCCCCCUCUUUUGCUGUCCUUCUCAUUAUUGUCGAGGGCUUUGUGAAUGUCUUGCGCCUGGCUCCACACCUACAGAAGGAGCCUGCUGUCUGUCGCUACUAACACUUCUGCUGUGAGUGCCGCUACCUCUUCCGCCGCGCCGCCGCCGUCAUCGCCGCCGUCAGGUUCUAUUUCAACACCUCUUCAUCACCUUGCUACCACCAAAUCCAUCGGACUUUCCUUGUCAUCUGCGUGGUCACCGUGCUCUCAGUACCGUGCCUCAGGCAAUUGGAGCUUUAAUCAAAAUUUUUCUUUGUGGCCAGCUGUAAUACCCGGUAUCGCCACUAGCAUCGGCACCCGCCAGGCCGUCCGCUCCCUCAGCUCGUUCGUUAUAUCGCCCUCAAGAAUCCGUGAUCUACACUUUCGGACACACCAGAUGGAUUUGAAUGGGGACGCAGGUGCAAAGCGCAAGCGCAGCUCGAUCGCCGCGCCCGCCGAGCGGCCUGUCAAACAUCUUCGCCCUGAAUCAAGCGCAUUGACUCCUGGAGAUUCGACGCCUGCGAAUGGGACCGUCUAUGACGUGGAGGAUGAUGAAGAUGCAGGGCGCGUGCUGCCCGUUGGGCCUGCACAGGCGGAUUCGCCGGAAUGGCAGGCUACCAUUGAGGAGGUCGUAAAGAGCGUCGUGUCAAUCCACUUCUGUCAGACCUGUUCCUUCGAUACGGAGCUGUCAAUGAGUAGCCAGGCUACUGGCUUUGUGGUGGAUGCAGAGAACGGAUACAUCUUGACGAACCGACACGUGGUCUGCCCCGGACCAUUCUGGGGAUAUUGUAUCUUUGAUAACCAUGAGGAAUGCGACGUGCGCCCUGUGUAUCGGGACCCUGUACACGACUUUGGGAUUCUUAAAUUUGACCCGAAGGCUAUUCGAUACAUGAAGCUGAAGGAGCUGAAACUGCAGCCGGAUGCAGCUAAAGUGGGAUCGGAAAUUCGCGUCGUGGGCAAUGAUGCAGGAGAAAAACUGAGUAUUCUGUCUGGUGUCAUUAGUCGGCUGGAUAGAAACGCGCCUGAUUACGGCGAAGGCUACAGUGACUUUAAUACGAAUUACAUCCAGGCCGCAGCAGCAGCUAGCGGUGGAAGUUCCGGCAGUCCUGUAGUUAACAUCGAUGGUCAUGCAAUCGCUCUGCAGGCCGGUGGCCGUGCUGAUGGCGCAGCGACGGAUUACUUCCUCCCGCUGGACCGGCCGCUGCGCGCACUGGAAUGUAUCCGUCGCGGCGAGCCUGUCGCUCGUGGAACGAUUCAGACUCAAUGGAUUCUGAAGCCCUUCGAUGAGUGCCGUCGUUUGGGCUUGACGCCCGAGUGGGAGGCGACCGUGCGCAAGGCAGCGCCUACGGAAACGAGCAUGCUGGUGGCGGAGAUCAUCCUGCCUGAAGGCCCGGCGGACGGAAAGCUCGAGGAAGGAGACGUGCUCCUGCAAGUCAAUGGGGAGCUUCUGACCCAGUUUAUCCGGUUGGAUGACAUUCUGGACUCGAGUGUUGGGCAGACAGUGCGUCUGCUCGUUCAAAGAGGCGGUCAGGAUGUGGAGAUUGAGUGCCAGGUUGGCGACCUGCAUGCCAUCACGCCCGACCGGUUCGUGACAGUGGCUGGGGGCACGUUCCAUGACCUGUCUUACCAGCAGUCACGGCUGUAUGCCAUCGCAACUCGCGGUGUCUAUGUCUGCGAGGCGGCGGGCUCCUUCAAGCUGGAGAACACCCUGUCGGGAUGGAUCAUCGAUUCGGUGGACAAGCGACCCACUCGCAACCUGGAUGAGUUUGUGGAGGUGAUGAGGUCGAUCCCCGAUCGCUCGCGGGUCGUCAUCUCGUAUCGGCACAUCCGCGAUCUCCACACCCGGGGCACCAGCAUCGUCUAUAUCGACCGGCAUUGGCACCCGAAGAUGCGACUGGCGGUGCGCAACGACGAGACUGGUCUUUGGGAUUUCUCUGACCUCGCAGAUCCCCUCCCGGCUCUUCCUCCAGUUCCGAGAAAAGCCGACUUCAUUCAGCUCGAUGGAGUUAGCCAGCCGGCUGCGGCCGACAUCGUGCGCAGCUUCGUGCGAGUAUCCUGUACGAUGCCCCUGAAGCUAGAUGGCUACCCCCAGGCCAAAAAGACCGGCUUCGGAUUGGUUGUCGAUGCAGACAAGGGUCUUGUGGUGGUGUCGCGAGCGAUCGUGCCGUACGACCUCUGCGACAUCAAUGUGACUGUGGCCGAUUCGAUCAUCGUGAACGCUAAAGUGGUAUUCCUGCAUCCGCUCCAGAACUACAGCAUCAUCCAGUAUGAUCCGAGUCUGGUGCAGGCCCCAGUCCAGAGCGCCAAGCUCAGCACCGAUUACAUCAAGCAGGGGCAGGACACCCUCUUCGUGGGUUUCAAUCAGAACUUCCGGAUUGUUGUGGCCAAAACGGCCGUCACCGACAUCACGACGGUUUCCAUUCCAGCCAACGCCUCUGCACCGCGCUACCGUGCGAUUAAUCUGGAUGCUGUCACUGUGGACACCGGUCUUAGCGGGCAGUGUUCCAACGGAGUUCUCGUUGGCGAGGACGGAGUGGUGCAGGCGUUGUGGUUGAACUACCUUGGUGAGCGCACUGCCAAUUCGCAUAAGGAUGUGGAAUACCAUUUGGGAUUUGCGACCCCGUCGCUGCUCCCUGUGCUGUCAAAGGUGCAGCAGGGAGAGAUGCCCAACCUGCGGAUUUUGAACAUGGAGAGCUACGUCGUCCAGAUGAGCCAAGCUCGCAUCAUGGGGGUGUCGGAGGAAUGGAUCCAGAAGGUGACACAGGCCAACCCCUCGCGGCACCAGCUCUUCAUGGUGCGCAAGGUCGACUGCGCCCCGCCCGGAUUCAACUCUGCCGUCGAUUCUUUCGAGGAGGGCGAUAUUAUCCUGACCCUGGACGGACAGCUGAUCACCCGCGUUUCGGAGCUGGACAUCAUGUACGAGAAGGAGACCCUCGAAGCCCUGAUUGUGCGAAAUGGGGAGGAGAAGCGGAUCCAGGUGCCGACUGUGCCGACCCAAGAUCUCGAGACGGAUCGAUCCGUCGUGUUCUGUGGUGCAGUGCUGCAGAAACCACACCACGCGGUCCGGCAGCAGAUCUCCAAGUUGCACAGCGAGGUCUAUGUCAGCGCAAGAAGUCGCGGAUCCCCAUCAUACCAAUACGGCCUGGCCCCAACCAACUUCAUUACGGCCGUCAACGGCGUCCCAACCCCGGAUCUAGACCGCUUCGUCGAAGAAGUGAGCAAGAUCCCCGACAACACGUACUUCCGGCUUCGGGCGGUGACAUUUGACAAUGUGCCGUGGGUGGUGACCAUGAAGAAGAACGAUCACUACUUUCCCAUGUCGGAGUACAUCAAGGACGCGGCCCAGCCCUCUGGCUGGCGGACUGUUUCGCACAACAAGGAUAAAUACAAGGAUGGGGUUGCGCCAGAUGCAUCGAACCUGAAUCCGGAUGCAAUGGACGAGGGAUUUGAUGGUGUCAGUGAUAUGGAGCCGGACUUGGAAUGAGUCGGUGUACGGGUGUAUAAUAUAUGAUGGAUGGGUAGAAAUGUAUAGCAAAGCUCAGAAAUUGAGGCAUAGAGUUGAGGAUCAUGUAUAUGGAGGAUUAAUCCAUUUCUCACAGUUUCAG